AUGAUUGAUGAAGAUACAGGGUGGAGUAGCAUGGGCUAUGAUGAUGAUGUACUUGUAUAUGAUGAUGAUGAUGAUGUACUUGUAUAUGAUGAUGAUGAUGAUGUACUUGUAUAUGAUGAUGAUGGUGGUGAUGAUGAUGAUGGUGUACUUGUAUAUGAUGAUGAUGAUGAUGUACUCGUAUAUGAUGACGAUGGUGGUGAUGAUGAUGAUGAUGAUGUACUUGUAUAUGAUGAUGAUGGUGGUGAUGAUGAUGAUGGUGUACUUGUAUAUGAUGAUUAUGAUGAUGAUGGUGUACUUGUAUAUGAUGAUGAUGGUGGUGAUGAUGAUGAUGAUGUACUCGUAUAUGAUGAUUAUGAUGAUGAUGGUGUACUGUAUAUGAUGAUGAUGGUGGUGAUGAUGAUGAUGGUGUACUGUAUAUGA